CGCGCGCGCCGGCAGUUCGGCCACGUCCCUGGCCACGUCGCGCCCGCUCUCGCCAUCUUCGCCGCUUCUUCUCAGGGGCCGCCGCAGCUGCCUGAGCCGCCGAGCGUGGGGCCGCCGCGCCGACCGCCGCCGCCAUGAACAUCUUCCGGCUGACGGGGGACCUGUCCCACCUGGCGGCCAUCGUCAUCCUGCUGCUGAAGAUCUGGAAGACGCGCUCCUGCGCUGGUAUUUCUGGGAAAAGCCAGCUUCUGUUUGCACUGGUCUUCACAACUCGUUACCUGGAUCUUUUUACUUCAUUUAUUUCAUUAUAUAACACAUCUAUGAAGCUCAUCUACAUUGCCUGCUCCUAUGCCACAGUGUACCUGAUCUACAUGAAAUUUAAGGCAACCUAUGAUGGAAAUCAUGAUACCUUUCGAGUGGAAUUUCUGGUGGUCCCUGUGGGAGGCCUCUCAUUUCUAGUCAAUCAUGACUUCUCUCCUCUUGAGAUUCUGUGGACCUUCUCCAUCUACCUGGAGUCGGUGGCUAUCCUGCCACAGCUCUUCAUGAUCAGCAAGACCGGGGAGGCGGAGACCAUCACCACCCACUACCUGUUCUUCCUGGGCCUCUACCGCGCCCUGUACCUCGUCAACUGGAUCUGGCGCUUCUACUUCGAGGGCUUCUUCGACCUCAUUGCUGUGGUGGCCGGCGUUGUCCAGACCAUCCUGUACUGCGACUUCUUCUACUUGUACAUCACGAAAGUACUCAAGGGAAAGAAGCUCAGUCUGCCAGCGUAAGUGCCAAAGACCAUCAGCAGCCUCUGUCCUUCAGGGUGCUCGGACGGAAUUCUUACCACAGCAAAGGCACAAGAUGCUUGAGACGGAAAACCAGAAACUUAACUCUUUUGUUGCAGAUAGUCAUCAGUGGCUCUGUAAGAACCCAGAGGGAAAGAACCAGAAGGUUUCUGUUUAAUGCAUCUUGCCUUAUCUUUUUUUAUUACUAUGUACAAAGAUUUUUUUACACAAAGAAACAAUGCUGUAUUAAUAAAUUCAGUGUGUAGCUUCAAUUGGGGUAGUUCUAAAAGUGAAGAUUUUGUGAGGAAUAAGUGCAAACUUUUUUUUUUUUAAUUCUUUGAAAUUGUUGAUUCCUUGUAUCUGCAAUGAAAUUGUGCUCCUUGACAGCUGGAAGGUUAUGUAUCUUCCAUCUCUCAAACUGCAUUCCACUAUAUUUAUUUUUUUGCCAAAAGAUGAAUUAUCUUUGUUUGAAAUCUGAGAUAGUAUGUCCGAUUUGGUACAUCUGUUCAAAUUUCUUCUCACCUGACGUGGAAAUCCUUCUUUGGAUGUCACAACACUACAUUUAAGGCUGGUAAGGAUGACUUGCAAGUCUUAGGUUUUUCAUUACCGAAAUUUUAAGAUUCUGAAUGUAGAUGGAGUCUCAGUUAAGAGUCACCAAAGGUGCCUGCCCUCCUCCCCUACUGAGAAGUGUCAGUUUGAGACUGUCCCAGUGGUGUCAAAGAACUCGGUGGGCAGGGGCUUUGGGCUGCUUGCCAUCUCAGUGUGUGUGUGGGAGACACUGAUGAUUAUUUUGGAUCUAGGACUCCUCUGAGGAAUGGAACGUUACCUGUCAUUUUAACUUAAAAUUCCAGAAGAUUACUACAAGCAUGUCCAUGCUCAGAUUCAGGCUGUUUUCCAUAUUACUCUUGGACAGUAAAAUGAUUUCCUUUAUUUUAAUUGGCAGCACCAAUUGCCAUUCCUUUUAUUCUUACUUUUUUAAUUUUUUGUUGUUUUUAUUGAGCUCUUGCAUGAUUUAUCUUGUGUUACCAUCCUAAAUAAACAUUUUAUUAAACGUAGAAUAAAUUGUCUUUUUUUAACGAAUUAGGCUUUUGGAACAUCCUACAUCAGGAUGGGUUUUUCUUCAGUUGGCAACAAGAGCUCUGUAUAGGGCUGCAGACAUUUGUCCUCCACAUAGUAAUCUAAAACUUUCUGCGUUUUGUGGAAAAUUGGAAUUUUCCUCCUGAUUUUGCCAUUAAAUUAAUUUGCAGUGUUUUUUUGAUUUAUGCAAAAGCAUAUGACUUUGUUUUUAUGUGAUGCACCAUUGUUAAAGUGUUGAAUACUAACAGUGCUUACUACAAGAAGGAUGUAGUAUUUUUGCUUGCUACAUUAAAAUAUCUUGUGGAGGAA